CUUUGAGCACAACGGCAGCAAAACACCAAACAUGGCUGACUCCGCGGCUAAGCGUGUUGGAGCCGAUGAAUCGACUCAGAGAGUCAAGAGGGCGAAAGCGGACAACGAGAACGGUGGCGGGGAAGGUGCAAAAGAUCCAGAAUGUGAGAACGUUCUGUCUGAGUUUAAAACGUCCACCGUGUUGAGUGAUUCCGCCCGGGAGAAGACCAUGUUCCUCCACGGGAAGCUUGCCGAUCAGGAGGCUGUGGUCAUCCUGGAGAAGACCCCCAUCAGAGAGGACAGCCUGGCUGAGCUCUUCACUGGCUCCAGGCUGAAGCUGGAGAUGAGGAACGACAUCUACAGCACAUACCGGUUACAGGCUCCCCCUCAAUUCAAUGAGAUCAAGACUACAGUGGUGUGUCCGGCCACAGAGAAGCAUUUAAAGAAAUACCAGCGACAGGAGAGUUUCCUGGUGGAGGAGACGGGGGAGGACUAUCAGUCCAUCACCUCGCCCUACAUUCAGAAGCAGAGUUUCAGCGUGCAGUGGGUCUACAACAUCCUGGAGAAGAAGGCAGAAGCUGAGCGGAUAGUCUACGAAGAUCCAGACCCAGAAGCUGGCUUUGUCCUCCUCCCAGAUUUCAAAUGGGACCAGAAACAGGUUGAUGAUUUGUACCUGAUUGCCAUAGUACACCAGAGAGACAUCAGGAGCCUCAGAGACCUGACGUCAGAGCAUCUACCGCUGCUGCAGAACAUCUUCCAGAAAGGAAAGGAGGCCAUCCUGCAGCGCUACAACCUUCCAGCCAGUAAGCUGAGAGUCUACCUGCACUACCAGCCGUCCUACUACCACCUCCACGUCCACUUCACCAAGCUGGGCUACGAGGCGCCGGGCUGCGGCGUGGAGCGGGCCCACCUCCUCGCAGACGUUAUCCAGAACCUCCAGUCCGACCCCCAGUACUACAAAACCCGGACCCUGUACUUCCCCCUGAGGGCAGACGACGGACUGCUCGGCAAGUUUAAGGAGGCAGGGAGGCUGUGAUUUACCGUCACCCACUUAUUCCAUCCGUUUGUAAACUUUUUUUUGUAUUUUAUACAAAUUUGAUACAUAAUUUGUACAUGUUUGAGUGAAAGUUUUUUUUUUUGCAUUAAUCUUCAUAUUAUUCCUGCUUUAAUUGUGGGAAAAGGAGAGAACAGUCAACCCAGCAGCUAAAGGAUUUUAAUGUCAGUCUCUGUUUUAAUGUUUUUCUAUAUGUGUCUGAAUUAAAGAGUUGGUUUUUUUUCUACUAUGCCU